UCAGCAGUCGUGAGCAGGAAGAGGGAAACGAAAGCAGAGAGACCGAGGGGGGCCCGACGUAUUUAAACACGAUGCUGCCGCUGUCGCCGCCGCACAAUAAUACCCGCUGCAGCCGCGGCUUCACGAGGAGGAGCGCGUCUGCCAGAAAGACGCACUUUACGCACGGGCGCGCGACCUUCUGAUCGCAAUCGGAGCUGUUCCAUAACCCGCCGAGAGCUUGAUGAAAGAAAACAAAAAAAUUGAUGCGAAGACUUGGAGGAGAUGGAAGUGUCAGGGCGCGCUGCUGCCUCAGGAAACGGUGACAGUGUCCUCCAUCAGCGCUCAGCCUAACACUUCUCGCCUUGCGGCCAUUUCGACUGGACUCCGGAGGAUCGGCGGGAGCAGGUGCAGCCCGCCUCACAGGUACCGCGGCCGGCUGCGGACUCCCAUCUGCCUCCAGCUGGACAGCGCCUUUCGACAAUGACAUCCACGAUCGAGAGGAAGACACUGGAGGCCAACGAGGAGCCGGUGGACGAGGUCCUCCAGAUGCCGCCGUCUCUGCUGACGUGCGGCGGCUGUCAGCAGAGCAUCGGGGACAGGUUCUUCCUGAAGGCCAUUGAGCAGUACUGGCACGAGGACUGCCUGAGCUGCGACCUGUGCGGCUGCCGCCUCGGUGAGGUGGGCCGCCGCCUCUACUACAAGCUGGGGAGAAAGUUAUGCCGGAGGGAUUACCUCAGGCUGUUUGGGCAGGACGGCCUGUGCGCUUCCUGUGAGAAGAGGAUCCGGGCGUUCGAGAUGACGAUGCGCGUGCGGGACAAAGUUUACCAUCUGGAGUGCUUCAAGUGCGCCUCUUGCCAGAAGCACUUCUGCGUGGGCGACCGCUACCUUCUCAUCAACUCUGACAUUGUGUGCGAGCAGGACAUCUUCGACUGGACCAAGCUCAACAGCAGCAGUAUAGUUUAGAAGAGUCUCUCUGUCCCACGUGAUGAGGCUGCCUUUCCCUCUGGCUUUAUCGUGGAACUGACGUUCAUAUGGAAUCGUUUUAAUACAAAAAGGGAAGUUACUUCUCUUCUGGGGACGAGCCGAGACUGCACCAGCAAUAACACACCUUCGUAUCAGAGGGAGCAAACAAAACUUCAUCUCAAACAUGCAAUACUAGUUAUUUCUGAUACACUGGAGUUUUUACAUUUUUAGCAUUGAACAAAUUUAUAAUUUUUUUGUCACAUUUGUUGUAGUCGAACACUGUUGCAGCAUCUCAGUCUACUAUGAGACAUGAAAGUGAUCUAUAACUUAUUUUUAUAGAUAUGUAAUCGCUUCAUAUUUUGCUAAUCAUGUUGAAAAUGGGAACUUUUCCUUCAAAUGUGAGCUAUACACCAGUUUUUAUUUCUUCAUGACUUUAAUAUGCAAACGUAUUUGUUUGCCAGCAAAAUGUCAUCUUAGAAUGUUUGAUUGAUGUGCUGCAUUCAAAGCUACCACUGGUUACUUUUAAUGCCUCAUUAUACACUAUAGCACAAAUCUGAAGAAAAUCACUGAGAAACUACAGGCAUUGGAAUUAAACCUUAUGAGGUUUUCAUGAAUAGGAAGCAAAACCCAUUUGAAGAGUCAGGAUCAGACUGAUUUCUCUGCAUUGACGUGCUGCAGAGGCAGAGUCUCCUAGUGGUAGAGAGGAACCAUGCAAUAAUUAUCUCACUGACUUUUUAAAAGUUUUCAGCAUCUCUUUUGUAAAUUGUAAGCAACUUACUGGAUGUACACCCAACAUUUUGGAUAUGGACUGGUCAGUUUAUUUAAUAAAUAACACAUUUUGAAAUGUUC